CUGGCAUCAAAGACCAUUUGGAGCCAGGAAUAUCCGCAGCACGGAGCUUCCUCGUAACCCGGCGUCUCCAGGUUGGUGAGCGAGCAAACGGGAACAAGAAGAAUGUGGGAGGGCGCUGCCGAAAGGCGCCGGGUACAGAGGCGGCCAAUGCUCCUUCCUUUCCUGCUGCCUUUGUUCUGCACUGCGCUCUCUGAGCAGAUCCGCUACAAGAUCCCCGAGGAAAUGCCCACCGGCUCGGUAGUGGGGAACCUCGCCAAGGACCUGGGCUUCAGUGUCCAGGAACUACCGACGCGAAAGCUGCGUAUCAGUUCCGAGAAGCCUUACUUCAGUGUGAGCGCAACCAGCGGGGAGUUGCUAGUGAGCAGCAGGCUGGACAGGGAGCAGAUUUGCGGGAAGAAGCCGUUGUGUGUUCUGGAAUUUGAGGCUGUUGCUGAAAAUCCGUUGAACUUUUAUCACGUGAGCGUGGAUCUUGAGGACAUUAAUGACCACAUGCCAAAAUUCACGCACACAUCCUUUGAAUUGCAAAUAAGUGAGUCCACAAAACCAGGGACACGAUUUAUCUUAGGAUCCGCCUAUGAUGCAGACAUUGGAACCAAUUCUCUGCAGAAUUACCAGCUGAGUCCCAGCGAUCAUUUUUCACUUGUGAAUAAAGAGAAGUCAGACGGUAGUAAAUACCCUGAAAUGGUACUGAAGACACCUCUAGACCGGGAAAAGCAGAAAUCCUACCACUUGACCUUGACUGCUUUGGACUUUGGGCGUCCACCCCUCAACAGCACUGCACAGAUACAAGUCCUAGUGACUGAUGCCAAUGAUAACCCUCCAGUGUUCAGCCAAGAUAUAUACAGGGUGAGCCUGCCAGAAAACGUGCACCCGGGAACCACCGUGCUUAGGGUGGCUGCCACCGAUCAGGACGAGGGUGUCUAUUCCCAGAUCACGUAUUCUUUUAGCGAAGCUGGCCAGAUCACACAAUUUAACCUGGAUUCUAAUACCGGGGAAAUUACUACUCUGGAUACAUUAGACUUCGAAGAAGUCAAAGAAUAUUCCCUUGUUUUGGAAGCAAGGGAUGGUGGGGGAAUGAUUGCACAAUGUACUGUGGAGAUAGAAGUCCUGGAUGAAAACGACCAUGUCCCCGAAGUGUUGUUCCAGUCUCUGCCGGAUCUCGUAAUGGAGGACGCUGAGCCAGGAACACACAUCGCUCUGCUUAAAACCCAAGACAAAGAUUCUGGACGCAAUGGAGAAGUUAUCUGCAAACUAGAAGGAGGUGUUCCAUUUAAAAUACUCACUUCCUCAAGAAACACAUAUAAAUUAGUGACAGACGGGGUUCUAGACCGCGAGCAGAACCCAGAAUACAACAUUACUAUCAGAGCCACCGACAAGGGUGAGCCGCCCCUCUCUUCCAGCUCUAGUGUCAUCUUGCACAUUGGGGACGUGAACGAUAACGCUCCAGUUUUCACAAAGGUUUCAUACCUGGUCCAUGUAGCAGAGAACAAUCCACCUGGAGCCUCCAUCGCUCAAGUUAGCGCCUCUGACCCGGAUUUAGGGCCCAAUGGCGAUGUUUCCUACUCCAUCAUAGCCAGCGACCUGGAACCUAAAUCGCUGUGGUCAUAUGUGACCGUGAACGCACAGAGCGGAGUGGUGUUCGCGCAGCGCGCCUUCGACCACGAGCAGCUCCGCUCCUUCCAGCUGACACUGCAGGCCCGCGACCAGGGCUCGCCCGCGCUCAGCGCCAACGUGAGCAUGCGCAUACUGGUGGGCGACCGCAACGACAACGCGCCACGCGUGCUGUACCCCACGCUGGAGCUCGACGGCUCUGCGCUCUUUGACAUGGUACCUCGUGCUGCCGAGCCCGGAUAUCUGAUCACCAAAGUGGUGGCGGUGGAUGCCGAUUCCGGACACAAUGCCUGGUUGUCGUACCACGUGCUGCAGGCCAGCGAUCCCGGACUCUUCAGCCUGGGCCUGCGCACUGGCGAGGUGCGCACAGCGCGUGCCUUGGGUGACAGAGACUCUGCGCGACAGCGCCUUCUGGUCGCUGUGCGUGAUGGUGGACAGCCACCACUCUCGGCUACAGCAACGCUCCACCUGAUCUUCGCUGACAGCCUGCAGGAGGCCCUGCCAGACCUCAGAGAUGACCCACUGCCCCCUGACCCUCAAGCCGAGCUGCAGUUCUACUUAGUGGUGGCCUUGACCUUGAUUUCUGUGCUUUUCCUCCUGGCUGUGAUUCUAGCCAUCGCGCUUCGACUGCGACACUCUUCCAGCUCCUCUGUCUGGGGCUGCUUUCAGUCAGAAGUUGUGGUUCCCCCCAACUACAGCGAGGGGACUUUGUCGUAUUCCUACAACCUGUGUGCUGCUCCCACGGGGAAGGCAGAGUUUAAUUCCCUAACAUGUAAUGAUCAGUUGAAUUCAGGACAAGAUAUACUUUUUGGAGAUUCAGCGGGAGCCUUGUUUCCACUUUGUAAUUCCAGUGAGUCAACGUCCCAUCAGGUGAGUUUCCUGCGAGUAUAA